AUGGGUCAAGGUCAAUCCGAAGAACUGCAAUUACAAUCGCUAACAGAGAAAUACUCUCUGGGCAAAACCAAGUUGGGAGAGGGGGCCUAUGGCACCGUGUGGAAGGGCACUGAUCGUCAGACUGGGAACAUCGUAGCCGUCAAGCAGAUGAGCAAGGCCAAGCUCAGAAGAGGAGGACACAAGCUUCGUGACAAUAUGGGGAGGGAGGUGGUGAUGAUGCGUGCCUGCCAGCACGAGAAUAUUGCCCAACUUUUGGGCGUCUUCCAGGAAGAGAAGCACGUCUACCUUGUCAUGGAGUGCUGUGAAGGGGGCGAUCUUGGUGAGCGUGUCAUCGCUCAAAAGGCGAACGUCACAGAAGAGCAGUCCGCAGAGUGGUCAAGACAAAUGUGCGCUGCGGUUGCAAGCCUCCAUGGCAUGCGCAUUUGUCACAGAGACUUAAAACCUCAAAACUACAUGCUGCGAGGAUCAACGUUGAAGCUCUCAGAUUUCGGCCUGGCCGUGUUCGUGCCUCAAGGACAAAGCUUAAGCGAUCGUUGUGGCACACCUGGGUUUAUGUCACCAGAGCUGCACCUUUUGCCUGGCAAGAGUCGAGGCUAUAGCUUUCCGGCUGAUGCAUGGGCACUAGGCCUUUGCAUUUACAUGCUGAUCUUUCGCCACAACCCCUUCCUGGAUUCUCGGGGCUUCGUAGAUGAGUCGUCCUUGUUGAAUGGGCGACUGACCUUCGGAGAGGACGACAGCUCAUUUGGCCUUCUCUUGCAAACCUUGAACAUGGGGUGGGGCGAAGAAAACGCCACUGGCCGUCGCCCAGAGAUUCGAGAACUGUGCAAGCAGCUUAUUUGCGUGGAGGAGAGGCGGAGAAUCACCACCCAGCAAGCCUUGCAAAAUCCAUGGCUGGCGCAGUUUGGAGCACGGCUGCGGCAUCGCAAGGUUUCGUGUGAUGGUCAGGGUUCUCGACAGAGCUCCAAGCUCUCGGCUGGCGGGACUGGAAACGCGGCAGGGAAGCCAAUGCACACUUGUGUUAGUCGGAUACUGGAAGCGCUUCAAGUUGGAAGCGAUCGUGGCAAGUUGGCGCUUGGAACCACAAACCUUGGCACAUUGAUAUCAUGA